UCUUUCUAGCGUUUCAGGGGGAGGUUUGUGGAUGGCGCACCAGGAAACUCGCCGGUGCGUGUUUGAAGGAGACUUGACAGCAAAAUGAACCCACUCAAUUCAGGGAUCGCUUAUUUCAGUACAUCUGUAAUUGAUCUGAAAUGAUUUGUGAUGUCGUCAUCAUGAGCGCCUCUCAUCAUCUGCUACGGUUGCAGUGCGUCAGGUGCGUUUCCCGUUUUUUGGGAACCCCUGUAAGGCGAGUGAUCCUGCCUGGCCGAGCACAUCUGAAAACCCCUGGAUCACAGCACAUCCAUGUUCAGCUCCUGAGGCCAUUCCACCGCAGUGCAGUGUGUUCCACGGACCGCCAAAAUCGGACAGACAUUGAAAAAUUAGUUGAGGACGAGACACGUCAUAAAGACAAAACUUUAGUCACGCAUGAUGAUUUUGACCGAGCUGCUGGAGACUCAAAAACCAAAGUCGAAUUUAACAGGGUCGUGGAAGUUUUCAAAAGCAAGGACAUUCGGCGACGAGGGCAUGUGGAGUUUAUAUACGCUGCCCUGAAGAAGAUGCCCGAAUUUGGUGUCGAAUGUGACGUUACCGUUUACAACAAACUCCUGGAUGUGUUUCCUAAAGAGGUGUUUGUGCCACAAAACUUCAUACAGAGGAUGUUCAACCACUACCCACGGCAGCAAGAGUGUGGAGUCCAGGUGCUGGAGCAGAUGGAGAAUUAUGGUGUCAUGCCGAACAUAGAAACCAAAGUUUUAUUGGUUCAGAUUUUUGGGGAGAAGAGUCAUCCCAUAAGGAAGUUCCAGCGUAUCAUGUACUGGUUUCCUAAAUUCAAGCACACAAACCCAUACCCCGUCCCACAUGUGCUUCCCAGUGAUCCAGUAGAGCUUGCUCAAUUCAGUCUAACACGGAUUGCUGCUGAUCUGGAUGCUAAAAUAACAAUCUACCAGUAUCCAUCAACAGACAUCACAGAAUCAGGAGAAGAGAUCACACGUCCUCAUAUUGUUGGUAUUCAAAGUCCAGACCAGCGCUCUCUUCUGGCCAAACACAACCCCUGCAAGCCUGUGUUUGUGGAAGGCCCAUAUCCACUGUGGCUCAGGCAAAAGUGUGUUCAUUACUACCUACUCAGAGCAGACCCUAUACCAGCUGAGGAAAAGGUUGAGGAAGAAAUUGACCCUGAGAUGAUCUGCCCAGAGCAGAGUCUGUUCUUCCCUCAGCGAGUGGAGCUUGAUCUGAAUGUAGACAUGGGUGACGAUCACAGUUUCAAUGUGGAUGACGUGGAAGAGGGGGCAGUUUAUGCUAUGUGUAUGGCCGGCCAGGGUGACCAAGCCACUCUGUCUCAGUGGAUUUCUGGUCUUCAGGAGACCUGUCCCAUAUUGGGCCAGAUUCCUACAGUGUUUCGACUGGAGUCUGGAUCCAGAGAACUGCAAACCUCAACAGAUGCUCAGCAAAGACCCGAACAGGAGGCUGAAACAGAUCAAAUUAUAGAGGACGACGAAGAACCGCGACACUCACGAGGAGUCAAACAGUAAGAGUUUGGCGUUUCACGGUGGCAUGUCAGUGGAUGGGCUGUUUAUGAAGAUCUCAGUGAAUAUCUAGAAGACUUUGGGAGCUGUACAUUAAUCCAAACUAAAUAUUUUCAAUGUACUUGAUGUAUUG